AUGGGUAUGCUAACAUUUGCCCGUUUCCUUAGACGGCCUUACCCUUCCUUUCGGGACGGUCCUACUAUAUUCUCCUUCCAACAACAGUUUCUGAUGGAGGAGUCGAGCGCCACCCACCACCGAGGAUCAGACUCGGUGAUCGCGCCGGAAUCUCUGGCAUCGACCCCGGGUCCUGAUGAGUUGGAUAACCCGUUCUUGGAGGAGUUCGCUGAUGGCGAUGACUUCUACUCGCCUUCUGGUUCACCGGGCAAGCUGUCACGGAACGGGUCUUUCUCCAAUAGCAGCUCGUAUCAAGAGGACUGGGAGACAUUUCCGCCUCUGGACAAGUUGACUAUCUUUGAUCUUCUUGAUAAUAUCCAGCUCACGCAGCGUUUGGAGAAAUGGCAACAAACCAUCAAUAUGCAGAAGGAAAAGGUCCGCCUGCAGCGUGAGAAGCUGAAGUCAAGGGGUCUGAAUGCCAGGGAGCGUGUCGUGGGAGAGCUCAAACGCCGAGUCCCAACAGCCGACGAGCAGCUCAUCAAAUACCGUCAGCGCAUGAAGACAGGUGUUGAGAGGUUGGGUAAACAGUGGAACAAGACGGCUACUGUGACUCUUCGCGAGAAGGCAUCUUUCAUCGCUGGUGUCCUCAAUAUCUUUAUCAGCGGCUACCUGAUCGGUGCCGUCCCCCAGUACUUCUAUCUCUGGUUCACUGCUCAGCUGGUAUACUUCAUGCCUAUUCGGUGGUAUACCUACCAUGCCAAGGGUUAUCACUACUUCUUGGCCGAUCUCUGUUACUUUGUCAACCUGCUGUGUAUGUUGAGCUUGUGGGUCUUCCCAGGUUCGAAGCGUUUGUUCCUGGGAACGUUCUGUUUGACCUUUGGCAAUAACGCGGCAGCGAUUGCCAUGUGGCGAAACUCGUUGGUCUUCCACAGUAUGGACAAGGUAGUCAGUCUUUUUAUCCAUAUUAUGCCGCCUGUCACUUUGCACUGUAUUGUUCACAUGACUCCAGUCGACAUGCUCAAGGAAAGGUUUCCUGCGGUUCAUGCCAUCAAAUUCAGUCAACCGGGUGAUCCUGAGCACUAUUCACUGUGGGCUAUGAUUAUUUGGUCUACUGUCCCAUAUAUAGCCUGGCAGCUUUGUUACCACUUCAUGAUCACCGUACGUCGCGCGGAACAGAUUGCCGCAGGACGUCCGACCAGCUUUACCUGGCUUCGCAAGUCAUACGCCAAGGCCUGGAUUGGUAAAAUAGUUCUCAGCCUCCCAGAGGUCUUGCAGGAACCAGCAUUUAUGUUGAUCCAGUACAGCUUUGCGCUUUCAACUAUGAUUCCGUGCCCUCUCUGGUUCUGGUACCGAUGGGCCAGUGCCAUUUACAUCUCCGCUCUAUUCGUCUGGAGUAUUCAUAAUGGUGCGACCUACUAUAUUGAUGUCUUCGGCAAACGGUUCCAGAAAGAACUGGAGCAACUGAAGAAGGAUGUUGCGCGGUGGCAAAGCUCUCCCGAGGGUGCAACUAGUCCCUUUAUGUUUCCGGAUACGCCUGCCACGGUCGCUGCCGAUGGUUCAAAGAGCCUAGCUUCUCUUGAGAAGCGAAACAGUGUUGAUCGGAUCCCUCUUUUAGAUCCCAGCAGCGCCGCUUCCACUGCUUACAAUGAUUCCUCUCGAGACAACCAGUCUGAGAUCCGCGAGAGAAACUAG